AUGUCCUCCGAUAAGCGAACUUUAAGCCAACAAGCCCUCUAUGAGGUGGGAAUGCCCAUCCGACGCUCCGUCCUCAGCGAUGCAUAUGUCGACAACGCCCUGGCCAAGGGCAGCACCGAGUUCGCCAAGGCAAUGCAAGAGUUCACGACCGCCUACUGCUGGGGUGCAGUAUGGGGACGUCCGGGUCUUGAACGGAAACAGCGCUCCCUGAUCAACUUGAGCAUGCUGGCUGCCACAGGGAAGGUCCACGAACUCGCUGUGCAUACCCGCGGCGCUGUGAACAAUGGGCUUUCGGCCACAGAGAUUCGGGAGGUCCUGGUUCAAGUCUGCAUCUACAUGGGUGUUCCGGCAGGUAUGGAAGCCUUUAAAGCAGUGGAGAAGGUGUUGAUUGAUAUGGCGGCGGAAGGAAUUGAGGUCAAGCCUUAA